AUGGAGUCAAAAGGGGUUAGCGAAGAGCAGGUUUACAAGGGGCGCCUCGGGCGCACCUCGAAGACGUCAGUGCUCAUCAGUAGCCACGCGGGGCCAGUGUUCCCCGCGAGUGUGUAUACCGGGGUCAACGUGACCGAAGAUCCCGAAUUGCGCGAGAAGCUCUUCGAUGGAGAGCUCAACCGCGUCCCGAGCCCCUUCUCCGAGCGCACCUACGAUCUGGCGAUCCCGGUGCGUUAUCACGACGAGGAGCUCCGGUUGUUCGUCCUGGUGAUCCCCGAGUCGCUGCGUCACGAGGAGUUCAAGCACCGCUCCGAGCUCCUGAACGAGAUGGCGCGCGAGCGCGAGGUCUUGCCCGACUACGUCAAGAACUUCCGCACGGUGUUCGACGCCGAGGCGCUCGCCACGCUCGAGCAAUCGCAGCUGGCCGCGCUCACAGCGCCCGCCGCCGAUGCUGGCGAGGAGGCUUCCGACGAGGCAGGCCCCAACGAAGUCACCGUCCUCUCGAAGAGCCCGCUCCCCGCGCCGCCCGCUGUGGACACCGCCGCGCUCGAGGAAGAGCGCGCCGAUAUCAAGCGCGAGCGCGAUCAUCUCGAGAAGAAGCGCGAGGAGCUCUCCCUGAAGGAGACGCAGCUCGGUGACGUGAGCGAGCGCCUCGAGCGCGAGCGCGAGCGCAUGGAAGAAGUCGAGAUGAACAUCGCCACCGAGCGCGAGGAGAUCGAUCGCGAUCGUCAACGCCUCAUCCUCGAGCGCGAAGAGAUCGAGCGCGAGCGUCAACAGCUCGAAGCGACUCGCCUCAACCUCGAGCAACGCGAGCUCGAGGCGGCUCAGGGCGGCGCCAUCGUCGCCGCAGAAGAGAAGACUCAGGUCGUCACCGACGAUCAGUUCAUCGAGGUCGUCGAGGAUGAUCCCGUCGAUCUCGUCCUCGAUGAGAAAGAGAUCCUGGAGGAGCACGACGUCGUCACGUCUGCGCCCUCGACGGGUCUGCUCUCCGAGACCGCGCUCCCCGCGGAUACGCCCGAUGAUGAAUUUGGUCCCGAUGACGCGACGCAUAUCACUCAGGUCCCUGGCCUGAACGCGGUGCAUGUCUCCUCUACCUUCGACGAGACGUACGCCAGCGGACAGGACUACUACACGCGCGUCGUCGACGGUUAUGUCGUCGCCGCGUGGCGCACAGGCAAGAAGGCCGUCGACCGCGUCCUCGAUAAUGAUCCGAAGCUGUUCAUCCAGUACGCCGUGAUCGAGGAGUGUCCGCUGGCGACGAUCCUGCUCGCGAGCCUCGAUGAUGGCCACAAGCUGUCCGAGUCCUUUGGCUGGCCGCUCGAUGUCACCCACGAUAACGAUCGCGCCGUGAUCGAUGCGCUGAUGGCCGAGUCCGCCGUGCGCUUCGCGUUCUAUGAUCGCAAGGGGAAGCUCAUCCGAAGCUACGACGCCAAGGCUGACCUCGAGGCGAACGUGCGCUGGAUCAAGGAGAAGGCGGAUGACUUCCUGGCAGACGCCAGCGGCGCCGCGGGUGUCUUUGGCACCGCCACCGAGGUCUUCUUCUCGGAUGAUUACGAGCGCCUCGGCUCGAUGCGACACAACUUCUACAAGAGCAGCUUCGAAGACCUGCGCGCGCCGAGCGAGAUAAAGCUCGCCGCAGGCAUCGUCGGAUACUGGUCGAGCGGUGAUGUGUUCGAUUACCUGAUCGGCAAUCGCUCCUUCCCUUUGUGCCUGAAACCCAAUGACCUCGAUCCGAUCGAGCAGUGGGAGAACUGGGACGCCUUGCUCGAGUUCGCUGACGAGUCCGGCGUGCAACCUGACCCGGACGUCGUCGAGCUCGCGCAAGCCGCGCUGCGCCGCGCGCAGGAGUUCCAGCAGCAGGAAGAGGAGCUCCCCGGCGAGCGCACGCAGAUCACGCAGAUCCCCACCGAGGCCAAGGCAAAGGGAGGGGAAGGCGAUGAGAAACUGCCUGCCAAUAUGCCAAAGCUCCCCGGUCCCCCCGCGUUCAACCUCUCGGAUGAGAACGAUGGCCUCGUCGUCGCGCGUCGCAGCGAGACCACGGGCGUGACCUACUUCUUGCCCGACGAUGAUGUGCUCGAUUCCUUCGAUGAUAUGAGCACGAUGAGCAAGGAUGAUCUGUUGCUCCUGCUCGAGGAUGCCAACGGCAGGCUCGAGGCGGCGCAGAUGUUGAUCGAGCGCUUCGGCGCGCCGGUCGUCUCGAGGGUGCUCGAGGGCUCCGAGGAGAUGAUGGCUGGCGAGGUCGCUUCGCUGGCAAAGUUCCUCGAGACGCGCGCCGAUGGUCUGGAAGGAGAGCUCGUGCGCUGCAUCGAGUCGGGCGGCCCGAGCGCGACGUAUAUCGCCUCGCACGCGCUGGUUCAGGUCAAGAGCACGAGCGCCAUCCCGACCUUGCUCGACGCGCUGCGCGAUCCAAAGCGCCAGGGCAACCUCGAGGUUCUCGCCACGACGCUCGCUGGUUAUGGCGACAAGCUCGUGCCCGCGCUCACGCGCACGAUCAAGAGCAAGGGGCACGACGACGCGGUCGUCGCGUUGCUCAGGCGCCUCGGUCAGCGAGACGAGGAGUUGCUCAAUAACCUCGCCAAGGAUCGCAAUCGUCGCAUCCGCGAAGCGGCAAAAGCCGCGCGCAGUUGA